AUGUCUCUCCUAUUCCCACGCUUCGCCUACGCCCCAGCCAUGCGCUGCGGUCCCGCUCGCCACCACGAAGUCGCUCCUCUCUGGAACCUCUUCGACGACACUCUGCAUGAGUUGCAGCGUGCCAGCCGUCAGUCCAGUCCGCGCCAGUGGAAUCCCCGCUUCGAUGUGAAGGAGACCAAGGAAGCCUACUCACUCGAGGGUGAACUCCCUGGUGUUGACCAGAAGGACAUCAACAUCGAGUUUGUGGAUGAGCAUACCAUCACCAUCAAGGGCCGCCACGAACAGACCACUGAACGCGGUCAGCGCCCAUCCUCUACCGCCGCUCUGGAGGAAACUCCCGCUACCCCCACCUCAGAGACCAGCGAAAAGUCUUCUCUUCAUCACGCCACUGUCGAGGAUGAUGUUGAAGAGCCGGCCAACUCAUCCGCCGUCGCCAAUACCGAGGCCGCCCCCGAGCAGGAAGUCAGCCAGACCCAAGCACAGCCUGAGCCUCAGAAGACCACCGACAGCCAGUACUGGUACCGUGAACGCUCAGUCGGCUCCUUCUCGCGCAGCUUCAGCUUCGCUAGCCGGGUCAACCAGGACGCGGUCAAGGCCAGCCUGAAGAACGGUGUGCUGAGCAUCGUGGUGCCAAAGGCCGCUGCGCCUGAGAGCAGACGCAUCAACAUCGAGUAA